UUUGGAGGCCGAUAUUCCCAGUUUGAGCCCCGUGUCCCAGUUGGAGGCCGACAUUCCCAGUUCUCGGGCUGACAUUCCCAGUUUGGGGGCCGACAUUCCCAGUUUGGAGGCUGACAUUCCCAGUUCUCGGGCUGACAUUCCCAGUUUGGAGGCCGACAUUCCCAGUUCUCGGGCUGACAUUCCCAGUUUGGAGGCCGACAUUCCCAGUUUUCGGGCCGACAUUCCCAGUUUGGAGGCCGAUAUUCCCAGUCUGAGCCCCGUGUCCCAGUUUGGAGGCCGACAUUCCCAGUUCUCGGCUGACAUUCCCAGUUUGGAGGCCGAUAUUCCCAGUUUUCCGGGCCGACAUUCCCAGUUUUCGGGCCGACAUUCCCAGUUUGGAGGCCGAUAUUCCCAGUCUGAGCCCCGUGUCCCACCCUUCCCGUGUCCUCUCUUUUCCCGGGAAUCCUCCCCCCAUUCCCCCUUCCCCUCCCCCCGUGCCUCAUUCCGGGGUUUUCCCGAUUUUCCCCGUUUUUCCCAGAAAAAGGACCCGGCGCAGUUCCUGCAGGUGCACGGCCGGGCCUGCAAGGUGCACCUGGACUCCGCCGUGGCCCUGGCAGCCGAGAGCCCCGUCAACAUGAUGCCCUGGCAGGGGGACACCAACAACAUGAUCGACAGGUUCGACGUCCGCGCUCACCUGGAUUUCAUCCCCAUGUACACCCCGGCCCUGCUCAGCCCCACCUCACCGGAACAGGAGUCAGACGAGCGCAAAUGCAACUAUGAGCGGUACCGGGGCCUGGUGCAGAACGACUUCGCUGGCAUCUCGGAGGAGCAGUGCCUGUACCAGAUCUACAUCGACGAGCUCUACGGGGGCCUCCAGAAACCCAACGAGGAUGAGAAGAAAAAGCUGGCGGAGAAAAAGGCUUCCAUAGGCUACACCUACGAGGACAGCACGGUGGAGGAGCUGGAGAGCUCCCUGGAGAAGCGAGCGGGGGACGAGGAGGACUCCGAGGAAGAUUCCAACACGGACGAGGACGAAGUGAUCCCGGACAUCGACGUGGAGGUGGACGUGGACGAGCUGAACCAGGAGCGUGCCGACCUGAACAAGCAGGCCACCACCUACGGCAUGGCCGAGGGGGAUUUCGUCAGGAUGCUGAGGAAGGACAAGGAAGAGGCCGAAGCCAUCAAAAAUGCCAAGGCCCUGGAGGAGGAGAAGGCCAUGUACUCGGCGCCGCGCUCCCGCCGGCAGCGCCGGGAAUUCCGGGAGAAGCGGCUGAAAGGCCGGAAAAUCAGCCCCCCCAGCUACGCCCGCCGCGACAGCCCCACCUACGACCCCUACAAACGCUCCCCCUCGGAAUCCAGCUCGGAGUCGCGCUCCCGCUCGCGGACGCCGUCGCUGGGCCACGAGGAGAAGAUCACCUUCAUCACCAGCUUCGGCGGCAGCGACGAGGAGCCGCCGGGCGGGCCCGGCCUUCCCGGCGCCGCCUCCGCCUCGGGCUCGGGCCGGAGCCGCCGCGGCUCCCGGGAGCGGCAGCGCCCGGCGGCGCCCGGGGCCUCGGCGCCGGCUCACGGAGCCUCGGCCCGGCGCCGCUCUUCCUCCUCCUCCUCCUCGUCCUCGUCGUCGCGCUCCUCCUCCUCCUCCUCGUGCAGCUCGGGCUCCCGCGGCUCCCGCCGGCCUUCCGCCGCUCCCGGGGCCUUUUCCGGGGCCGCCGCCGCUGCUCCCCGCAGCCGCUCCCGGAGCCGCAGCCGCUCCGGAGCCGCUCCCGGAGCCGCUCCCCGCGCUACUCCCGGGGGGGAUCCCGGGGCGGAUCCCGGGACAGCCGGCGCCGCUCCCCGCUCCCCGGAACGCGGCCACCGCCACCGCCGCCGCUCCAGGAGCCGCUCCCGGCGCUCGGCGCGCUCCUGGCGCCGCUGGAGCAGCCAGAGCCGGAGCAGCCCGCAGCGACUCCCGGAGCCCUCCCGCUCCCGCUCCCGCUCCCGGUCCCGCUCCCGGUCCCAAACCCCGCCCGCAGCCCGGGACAAGGCCCCGCCCCGCCCCCGGCCCUCGCCCGCCGUCGGAGAGAAGCUGAAAAAGGCCGACGCUGCGGCUGGUAAAGAUUCCGGAGCUGCCAAACCCAAACUGACCCCGCAGGAGAAGCUCCGGCUCAGGAUGCAGAAGGCGCUGAACAGGCAGUUCAAGGCCGACAAGAAGGCGGCGCAGGAGAAGAUGCUGCAGCAGGAGCAUGAGAGACAGGAGCGCGAGGACGAGCUGCGCGCCAUGGCCCGCAAGAUCCGCAUGAAGGAGCGGGAGCGGCGGGAGAAGGAGCGGGAGGAGUGGGAGCGCCAGUACAGCCGCCAGAGCCGCAGCCCCUCCCCGCGCCACGGUCGGGAGUACAGCUCCUCACGCAGGCGUUCCCGGUCCCACUCGCGGAGCCCCCACUACCCGGCACUGACGGGCGGGGCCCCCCAAUAAAUCCAUGGAAAAAUCCCAACCCCCA